AAUUUCACCGGUUGUUCCUGGAUUUGUUACAGCGUAUCUUUGUUUACGACCCCAAGAACCGCAUCACGGCCAAGCAGGCCUUGCAACAUCCGUGGUUCAAAGAGACCUUUAUCGAUGACGGCACUGAAGCUCUUCGUAUUGGUCAACAACUGCAGCGUCGCCGUGGGUAGUCGUGGCUUUCUUCAAUUUGCAUUGUGACCCAUGGGUCAUACUCUUCUCAUAUACCACGACAUAGAUACGGGUUGGGGCAACAGAGCCAACCUGUUGGCCUUUGUAUUGAUACAACCACAACUACGUUGGGUGGUUCUGUUUUCUUAUUUAUGUUUUUAUUUCUUGGAUAAUAUUCUCACGGCAUGGCAUGGAUAUCAUAUACCGCCACUCACGACGUCUACGGGAAUCGCUUUGCAAGGAGGAAUGAGAAACGUCUGGAAAGGAGUUCAUGCGCAACGGACGUUCAGCACCAUUCGACGAGACCCGCUUGCGAGACAAGAUGAAAACAGUGGAGGACACAUCAGAAUUCGUUUCUCAGGUUGGCCACGGAUUAUGGGGGAUACUUAUUUGCGUCUUAUACCUUUAUUUUUUAUUUUUGCUAUUUUUUACUUUCUGAUCAUUCUAUUUAUUCCACCGUCGAUGUUCGUCAUGUCAUCUCUGCUCGGCUUGUUCGGCUUGUUAUCUACUUUUAUGUUUUUAUUGGCGCUGGUGAUAUGACAGGUUUAUACAGGUUCCAUACCUUGCAUAGGUUUAUGUAUUUUGUGCCACUUCUGACCAUUGGUAAUGCGUGAGGGUACUCGGUUCGUCUCGUUUAUAUCCAGCUGACCAGGCUGACGAGGGAGUUGUGGGGUAAGCUAGUUUGGGUUAUAUACCAUGUGUUUUUUCUUACAGAUUAUGCUGUAUUAUAGAGAUUAUUGCAUCGCUUUUGUAUAUAUAUAUAUAUUGUACUUUAUAUGUUAUGUUGGUGGUUAAUGGAUUGCAUGGACUUGUCCGAGGUUGAU